ACAACAGGGCCCCAAAUGAGAUGCUUCCAACAUCCAGCAACCCCCUCCAAUCCAGGAACGACGGUUCAAUGAGAAGCUUUGACCGUUAGAAGAGCUCUUGAGUCAAACGCUGGUGUUGGACUCGUCGUUAAUUUUCAUAUGCCAUUUUAGAAAGAAAAAAAGAAAAAAAAGAAAAGAAAAAAAAACAGGUCCCAAGAACUCAUCCAAUCCAACGGAAUGCAUACUACUGCAAAAGCUGGAUGAUGCCAUUUGAUAAUCCUUCAUCAUGGAUGAGAUGUUGCUCCCCAAGAGACUAGAUGGGUCAAGCAGACAAUUCAAAGAGGACGCCUUCGAUUUCCCUAAUAACAGAUCAUCUUGGCACCAUCUACAGGACAUCCAUCACAUAAGCAUAGAAGCGAUCACGCCUGCCUUCUCCCGAUCCUUCAUCCGAUCAACACCCAAUUCAUCUUUCAUCAACCUUGUAACCAAUCUGAGCAAGAAACGGAUAAUCACACAUAGAUCACACUCUGCUCCUUGUCUCUUGACAGACGCCAAAGACUCCUCCCAGGAUUUCGCUGACAGACGAGCCACCUUGAGAUCUACCCCAUCGGUCAUCAUGCAAGCUUUCGUGGGCGUUGUCUUGUACGUAGUGAUCGGCAUCAUUUUCUACACAAUUAAGAGUGAGGGCUUCAAAGGCAAUUCCACAAAUAGGCUUGUAGAUGCACUUUACUUCAGUGUAGUGACAUUAUGUACAAUUGGGUAUGGUGACAUUGUGCCCAACACCAAUUUCACCAAGAUAUUCACAUGCGUUUUCAUCUUAGUUGGUUUCGGUUUCAUCGACAUCUUGCUCAAUGGGUUGGUAACUUACGUGCUUGAUAGACAAGAAGCCGUGCUCUUAAGCACAAUGGAUGAGAAUUGGCGUAAUGCGAUGUUUCGGACAUACAUAAUCGACAAGAAGAAGGGCAGGAUGAGGAUUAGGAUGAAAGUGGGCUUGGCAUUGGUGGUUGUGAUUGGUUGUGUAACUAUGGGGAUGGUCACUGUACAUAUAUUGGAGGGACUGAACUGGGUGGAUAGCUUCUACCUUUCUGUUACCUCUGUGACCACAGUCGGCUUUGGUGACUACGCAUUCAAGACGAUCAAGGGGAGGUUGUUUGCGAGCAUGUGGCUAUUAGUUAGCACGCUGGCAGUUGCUAGAGCCUUCCUCUAUCUGACUGAGCUGAGGAUUGACAAGAGAAAUCGGACCGUCGCCAAAUGGGUUCUCCAGAAGAAGAUGACUAUAGGUGAUUUGGUGGCUGCUGACCUUGAUAAUGAUGGGUCUGUAAGUAAAUCUGAGUAUGUUAUAUACAAGCUAAAAGAAAUGGGGAAGAUAGCAGAGAAGGACAUACUGCAGAUCUGCAACCAAUUCGAUGGAUUAGACACGGGCAAGUGUGGGAAGAUUACUCUUUCUGAUCUCAUGGAGAGUGAACAUUGAUUUUUUUCUCAGGGUGGUUCUCAGUGAUGGUAGAGAGAAUGAGGCAGCAACAUCAGGAUAUUUAAUUGCCAUAGCCCUUUGCUUUAGCAUCUCUCAUGUACAACAUGUAUAGGCAAGAAACCAUAUUAUGUAAAGUUACACAUUGGCAAAACCCUGAAGAAUAAAACAGGGCCCUCUAUAAUUGCUUGUUCAUGUUCAUGAAACUAUCACUAGCUUGUUUCAGGUACCUAUCCCAAUCAGACUCAAAGAUCCAGUGCAGUUGAGGCUAAAGCUUUGUCAGAAGUUUUGACAUUGUUCAAUGUCUCAAUUGCUGAACCACCUCAUGGUGGUGGAACUCUAGCUAAUGUUAUUUCAUGGGCAACAAAGACGGAUGUGGAACCUACGACGCAAGUUGGUCUAACAUCAGGGACUGGGGAAGAGAGACAAUUCAGCAGAUGGUUAAAGAGUGCAUAACAAAGGGAGAGCUCUGUGGAAUCUCUCUCUUUUAGCAGGUUUGUGGUCCAUUUUGGCAGAUCACGAUUAGAGAAACUUCUGUAAUCGUCAUCGGCUCCCUGACGAGGUGUUCAGGAGGGUGAAGUUGGAUGUCAUGGCCUGGGCCUCGUCUCUCAAGUCCUUCGCUAAUUGUUCAAUUGGUUCUGCGAAUGUUUGGUCAAUCUGUGAUUUUGGGGUGUGGAUUCCUCAUCUAUGCCCUCUUUCUUCUAUUCAAGAAAAUAGCGUUACUUCUCCAAUAUAAAUAUAUGUGAACCUAUGCCACUUAUCCAAUUGCACUCCUUUUGUUCUAAUAAAUAAAAGUUUCAUUAAUUGUUUGAAAAAAAAAAA